CAAGGUUGCGGUUUUUGCGGUGACAGCACACGCCAUGUUUAGUGGAAACAAAAGGGGCAAGUUUCACUGCUUGGUUGCCGGUUAAAGAAAUAACAUCGCUGGCUAGCUAGCUAAGAUUGAUGAAAAAUAAAAAACGAGUAUGAGAAGGGAAUUUUGGGGGGGGCUGAUUGGAUUUGUUGGAGGUUGUUACAAUGCCCUUUCCGUCUACAAACCAGGUGUUGUUGGGUCGGGAGACACCCAAACACUAUGGGAUCACUUCUCCUAUCAGCCUGGCCCAAGCCAAGGAGGCUGACCUGGUCCUCACACACAGGCUGACUGAGGCCCUGAAACCAUACGGGGUGUUUGAAGAGGAGCUGGAACUACAGCGCAGAAUACAUGUGUUGGGAAAACUGAACACACUGGUGAAGGAAUGGAUCCGUGACGUCAGUGAGACAAAGAAUCUGCCUGCCUCAGUGAUUGAAACGGUUGGAGGGAAGAUCUUCACAUUUGGGUCCUACAGGUUAGGAGUCCACACUAAAGGCGCUGACAUUGAUGCCCUGUGUGUGGCUCCUCGGCAUGUGGAGAGAACGGACUUCUUCUCCUCGUUCCUGGACAAGCUGAAGGAGCAGGAGGAGGUCAAAGAUUUGAGGGCUGUUGAGGAGGCAUUUGUCCCCGUGAUAAAGCUGUCUUUCGACAGCAUUGAGAUUGAUAUCCUGUUUGCCCGGUUAGCGUUGCAAACCAUCCCAGAGAAUCUGGACCUCCGAGAUGACGGGUUGCUGAAGAACCUUGACAUCCGCUGCAUAAGGAGUCUUAAUGGUUGUAGAGUUACAGAUGAAAUCCUCCAUCUUGUGCCCAACAUUGAGAACUUCAGACUGACACUGAGGACCAUCAAGCUGUGGGCUAAACGUCAUAACAUCUACAGUAACAUCCUGGGCUUCCUGGGUGGUGUAUCCUGCAUGCUGGUAGCCAGGACCUGCCAGCUCUACCCCAACGCUGUGGCCUCCACCCUUGUACACAAGUUCUUCCUCGUCUUCUCCAAAUGGUAA